CUUGCCUUCCUCUCUUGCCUCUAUUGACUCUCUUGAUUGAUUCAGAUUAUUUUUUGAAAUGGACCUCCUCACAAAAGAGCAGAUCGCCGAGUUCCAGGAAGCCUUCUGCUUCUUUGACAAGGAUGGAGAUGGCCGUAUCACCAUUGAUGAGCUCGCAAGCGUCAUCCGAUCAUUAGACCAAAAUCCUUCUAAAGAAGAGUUGCAGGACAUGAUCGAUGAAGUAGAUUUCAAUAGAAACGGCACAAUCGAAUUUGUGGAGUUCUUGAGCCUAAUGGCUCGGAAAAUGAAGGAAACUGACGCUGAAGAAGAGCUGAAGGAGGCCUUCAAGGUUUUCGACAAGGAUCAAAACGGCUAUAUUUCAGCCAGUGAGUUGAGAAAUGUGAUGAUAAAUCUUGGGGAGAAAUUGACUGAUGAUGAAGUGGAUCAGAUGAUCAGAGAAGCUGAUAUGGACGGUGAUGGGCAGGUCAACUAUGAGGAGUUCGUCCGAAUUCUGAUGGCCGUCUGAUCAUUUCCUCGAAUAGUGAUGGCCGUCUGAUCAUUUCCUCUCACAAGCUUUAAUUUGGUGUUUUUUUUAUUUUAGCAAUUAAGAAUUAGCAGAUAAAAAAUUAAUCUCACUGUG